CAUAACAAAUCCAUGUGUUUUGUGUACAUAGUGUGUGUAUAUCCUUAAUGUUUUAUAAUUCAUUCGUAUAAAUAAUAUGACAAAAUUUAACAUUUAUUAAUACGCUGUAUUUUGUUUGCAAAGUUCAAACUAAGAAAAAUGUCUCAUCCAUUGAAUGAACUAAAGCGUCGUCUAGCAGAUGAAUCGACACCAUUAGCAAAGAGGUUCCGCCUCGCAAAAAAUGUAGCCUUCUCUGACCAUUUUCCUACAACACCUAAAGAAAGAGUCAUAGGCGACUGGCUGGAGGAAAUAACGGGUAAUAAAAAAAUUACCAACAAAGACUUCAAGGAUGUAUUAAGCUGGUUGAAUAAUGUUGAUGAUUUUACUGUUGAAUUGAAGUAUAAACUUAUAAAGAUUGUGGUACAGUAUAUCAACAAAAAUGUCCUACAUCAUGAAGAAAUAGAACACAUUAUAGCUUUCAUAGAAAAUCCAAAAAUAUCACAGCAAUUGAGCGCCCAAAUGGAAGAUUAUCUCUCUAUAACUAUGACUGUGUUACAGCAUUUAUCAAAUUCAGAACAAUAUGUUUUAUUAGUUGACAAAUUGUUUUGUCACAUAACAAAAUAUUACAAAGAGUGUAGAAAGAAAUUUGAAUUUAUCCUCAAAAUCUUGGAAGAAGACAAAUUGGAUACUAUUUUUAGUUUUUUGAACACUAACAAUGAAAAGAGUGCGCUCAGUCUUUGCCAAAAUGUCUUAUUUCCCUUAAAUAAAAGAUCUCUCUUUGCGCGGUAUUUAAACAAUUUAAUCAGAAAAGACAACCAUCCGUUGGAAGAAAAGAAUGACAAUGUUGAUUCUGUAAUAAAAAUUAUGGAGACAUUUUUAACAUUCCCAAAUAGAUGUUCCGAUAAAGAACCUAAUUUUUUAUCACACUUCAUUAAAGUAUUCGUCAGCUGUUUCAAGAAUGAGAGUCAAAUUGUGUUUGCUUUUUAUAUAAUUGUUGUUAAUUGUCUAAAUAUCACACAGAGUUACAUAAGUACAGUUACCAAACUCACAACAAUAAAAUUUGAGGAGAAUGAUGAUAAAAUAAAACGCAAUAUUUUCCUAAACAUGCUAGAAGCACUAUUAGAAUACGAAGUUGACAUAAGUGUACAUUUACGUGACACACUAAAUGAACAUGCUAAGGAGACAAAGAAAAUAUUCCUUUUAUUUUUGCAAGAGGUUAUUACAGGUACAUUAAAAACUGAGGGAAAACCAGAUAAAACCAGUUUGAAAAUCAUACAGACAUCGUUAAAACUAGAUCCCGGUUUGAUCAAUCAGAAAAUGAUACAAUUGCUCGCACCAAUAAUGGUUGCCAAAAAAGGUUCUAGUGUUCUAGAAACAUAUGCAGAUACAAUGAUGAUUCUACUCAAAACAUUGUUUAAAUUAAGCAAAGGCAUAGAUUUUGUCCAUCAAAUGUUGCCACAUUUAAAAAGUUUCCUUGAAAAAAGUAAUAGCAAACAAAAGGAAUUGAUAGAUGAAUUAAACCUGACUAUGGAUUAUGAUGGGUGUUGCGAAAACCUAAGGAGCAAAAUUGUGAACGGAUAUGAUAUUAUGCCUUCAAAUUGUGUUGAAAUAUAUGGAAAGUUGACCUCGGAGUUAAUGUUCAGGCAGAACAAGGAAUUAUUGUUGUUGUUACAAAAAGAUUUGGAAGAAUUAAUUAACAGUUUAGACAAUGAAAAUAACAGUCCUUCAUUAGUGACCCUCAUAGAAAUGGUAUCCGCCAUCUUGUCGAGUUUCCUUCGUCACAACAAAAUGGCCGACCACACAGUUCCGCUGCCCAUUGGUGAAGAUUUCUGGACCAUCUACCAAAACUUUGAGGAUCAAUGCUUGAAAAAGUUUGCUAAAUGUGUUUUGACUUCUGAUUGCAGUUCAUUGUUGACAUCGUUUCUCAAACUUUGCACAAGUUUUGCUCAAUUGAAAAUAUUGAAUAUCAAAUAUAGCAACACAAAAGUGAACAUUCCUGAAGUUCUAAGUGCUGAUGUUUUUGACAUGCAUUCAGUGUUGCCAGUUUUAAAUGAAACACAAUGGAAAGAAAUAGCAAGCAAAGUGUAUGACGAAAAUAUAAUUUUAUUGGACAAUCUCCUCUUGGUGAAAACAAUGGCCCUUAAUCUGUUGAGAAAGCAAUCAAAUACUGAUAAUGUAGAUGAAAUAAUUUCAAACACAAAAUCUCAUCUUAUUAAACAGAUUUCAAGUACCAAUACCCUCACUCAUAAUGAAUAUUUCGCCAAAGUAUUGUUUGGAAAUUUAGAUAACAGCCAACUCAAACAAUUGGCUAAAUGUCUAAUAAAAAUGUAUGCAAACGAUCAAAAUUUGGACAUGUUCAAAAAUGACAGCAUUUGCAAUAAUAAAAUAUUACUAAACACUCUGGUUUUUGAAGUUGCUAAAUAUAUUACAAAAAGUUUUGAAAAUGCUUCAUCACUCAGCAAAAGUUUGGGAAAAGCUGGAUUUGAUAUAACAACAUUUUUCAAAGAUAAUGAUGUGAAAGUGUACUUUAAUAAGUUAGCAAUAGAUUCAGAAAACUUUGAAGUAAUCAUGAAAUAUAUUGAAGUCUUGAAACAUCUACAAAUUUACUAUUUAGAUGAAAAUUGUCAACUCACGACCAUAUUUCUAUUGGUGACGUUAAAAAAGUGUUGUAACUCCAAAAAAGCUAAACGAUCCAUCGACAAUGUUUUACAAAGCAUAUUUGAAAUAAGCCCGAAGAAACCUGACCUCUUUAAAAUUUUUCCUGUCGAUCUCUUGUUUGAUUUUGAAAAUGGAAUACUAGAAUUGCUUAAACUGAAUGCGAAAACGUCUAAUCACGUUUCGAUCAUCAAAAACGUUCUAGAAACAGCUGUCAAAAAAGUGAAAAAAGAACCAGAGAUUAUAAAAAAGAUGGUUGAGAUAUUGUUAAAUAAUUUUAAAACUAAAAUGGUUAAUAUUACGAGUAUAAGUGACUUCAAUGACGAUGUUUUCCAACUAAUAUGUAUUGUGUUACCAUUAAUCGCGAAAGAGAAGAAAAAUAUAACAACAAGCGCGUAUAGAUCAAUUCUAGCAAAUUUACAAGACAAUUUAAACCAAGCUAUGUUAAAUUCAUUCAAAAACGUCGAUUUUAUCAAAAGUAACUUAAAUGUUAGCAACACUGAUAAUAGCAUAAUGUCUGAUGACACUAUGGCAACAUUAAACGCUAUGGGAGCGUAUACAUUAACUUUAUUGAAGAUAUGUGAAACUAAUGAUGGUACCGAAAUAAAAAGUAUGGAUUGUCUAUGGCCUGGAUUGGAAUUCUUCGUUCAAAAUGCAAUCCAAUCCAUUGAAAGUCCAGACACGAAAAUUGUACACGUGGAUUUAUCAACGCAACUCCUCAACGUAAUUUUGCGAUACAUAAAAAAGUUAGAAUCACACGAAAUUUUCAAAAGCAAAGACAAAUUAUUCUUGCAAAUUUGGCGCGCUGUCAAAUCGCGACUAUUUGUUCUACUCGACCAUAGACAAAAGAAAAAUAACGGUUGUUUAGAGGAAAUCGCCGUCACCUUGAAAUUUUUGGUGGAAUUGUCUACAGUCGAAUUCUUUUCGAAUAAUAUUGUUGCUGAUUUGAAUACGUUAUGUAUUCUUAAGAAACCGUCUAUAAUUCUGAAGAACGAAGAAGUAACAGAAUCGCAAAUAAUUAGUAGAAAAGUAUUGAAAUAUUUAUGUCUCAAUAUUCUCAAAGCUAAUAUUAUCGACACAAAAUGUACGGCCCUUGAAAAAUUAAUAUUUAGAUCUACGAGAAAUAUACGUUUUUGGAUACAGCAACAUUAUUGGAAUGGCGCGGAAAUUCAAGAUGGCGUCGAUACAAAGAGCGUUGUAAUUGAAGAUUCUAUUUGCGAAUUGUUGAAAAUUGAUUUGGAUAUAUUGGCUGAUGUUAUUUUGGCGGCAAAGAAAAUUUCCCUAGACUACAAAUUCAUAGACGCCAUAUUUGAAUUGCAACAACUGGUGCAUUACAUUCUCGGCCGUAGCGCUAUAGACGCAAGGUGCGAAGUCACGUGGCAGUCGUUCUUCAUACUGUUUGAAGGCUGUGUUGCCAUAUUAAAUAGUAUGAUAGUAUCCAGAGAUGAGCUUUUGGAAGAUAGAUGGCCCUGUCUAAUGCAAUGCUACAAAACAUUGGUUCUCUGUAUGUGUGCGCGAGCAGCAACCAUUAAUGAAUUGGACAGAGUGAUUGAACAUAAAUUCGCUGAAAUCGCACACUCUAUAGAGAAGUUAACCCAAUCCAUAUCAAAAAGAAAGACCCACGUAUCCCGUAUAGCGGCUUACGCAGUCGCCGACUUCUGUUCCUGGCUAGAAAAAUCUCCACCGCCAAAAAUAAUUCGCCAGCAUCUAGAAAAUUCUAUAGUUCUCCUCAUACAAGCGUCAGAUUCAAAUUAUGCAAUGGCGUUCUUACGAAGAGGCCUCGCCGGUUCCAUCGGCCAAAUGACAUUAACAAAUAUGUAUACUAUGUACAAACGGUACCAUAAAUAUGUUGGGAACGCAUAAAUAAAUAUUUGUUUGUAAUA